AGAAGAAGAAGAAGAAGAAGAAGAAGAAGAAUAAGCAGAAGAAGAGAGAGAUGGUCGGACCACAGAGACCACAGUUCGUGCUAUUCGGAUCGUCAAUAGUUCAGUUAAGCUGCAGUAAUGGCGGUUGGGGUGCUAUUCUCUCCGAUAUCUACGCCCGUAAAGCAGACAUAUUGUUGAGAGGAUACUAUGGUUGGAACUCACGACGUGCUCUUCAGGUCCUUGAUAAAGUUUUUCCAAAGGAUGCUGCUAUUCAGCCUUCAUUGGUGAUCGUAUACUUCGGUGGAAACGAUUCAAUGGGACCUCACUCAUCUGGACUCGGUCCUCAUGUACCACUUCUAGAGUAUAUUGAAAACAUGAGAAAAAUUGCAAUCCAUCUCAAGGGCCUUUCAGACACGACCCGCUUAAUUUUUCUCAGUUGUCCACCAGUCAAUGAGAUCAAGCUUCGUGAAAACACGAGUUCAUUUUUCAGUGAGCUAAUCCGAACAAAUGAGUUAUGCCGAAGAUAUUCAGAAGCUUGUAUAGAAUUGUGCCAGGAAUUGGGAGUGAAGGCUGUUGAUCUUUGGACUGCAUUUCAGAAACGAGACGAUUGGCUGACUGCUUGCUUCACGGACGGGGUUCAUUUAUCAGCGGAUGGGAGCAAAAUAGUUGUGGAAGAGAUACUCAAGGUGCUCAAGGAUGCUGAGUGGACGCCAUGUCUACACUGGAAAUCCAUGCCCACCGAGUUUGCAGAGGACUCACCAUAUGAUCUCGUUGCUUCUGAUGGAAAAACCACUCUAAAUCCAUCUGAGUGGACCUUUCACAGGGAAAUUCAAUGGGAUUAAACUUGCAAAGGGACUUGUGCCUUUGUUCUCCAUUCCUAUUGCUAGCUAGAGUUGUCCGACAUAAGCCAAGGAUGCAUCGGACGUACAAAAAGAUGAAUUAAAGGAAUAGAACUGAGAAUUUUUGGUACAACUGCGGUUCUUGACUAUGUUUUAUUGAAUAUUACAAAGGGUGGUGUGGUGAAGAUGAUAAUCAUCCCAAUCUAUUGAAAGCUAUUUUAUUUGAUUUGUUGGCAAUCUGGGUUCCAAAUCUUCCGUCUUAUACUGUACUCUGCACUUUGGGUGGGAUGCCUCAAAGCCUG